AUGGAAGCUCUCGUCACCAGGAAAGUGACCUCCCACACACCGUCGCUGCCCCUGGACUCUGCAUGUUGGGACUACCUCAAGGGAUUCCCAUUGGCUGACGAGAACUUCAGGGUACCAUCUCGAGUCGAUGCUCUCCUGGGCGCUGACGUGUGCGGAUUCCUGUUUCUGGAGAAUCGCGUGGGUCCACCAGGUGUUCCUCCGCUAGUGCGGACUCCUUUUGGCUGGGCUCCGCUGGGACCAGUCCAAGCCUCGUCUACAACGACCAGAUCAGAUCAAUCGAGGAUCCUGCACGUCCGUCGAGAUGACGAUCUACAUACCUCGCUGCAGCGCUUCUGGGAGAUCGAAAACGUUCCGACGACAGCGCCCUUGCACCCCUCCGAGAUCCAGUGCGAGGAACAUUUUUCGAACACUCACUCGAGGGACGGUACGGGACGUUAUGUGGUACGUUUGCCAUUCUUCUCUCAACCGAUCGAAGAUGUAGGGGUGACACGAGUAACAGCCACCCGGAUGCUGCUAGCAUCGGAACGACGCCGAGAACGUGACCCGCGUCUCCGGGAGAGGUACGCUGCAUUCCUCGACGAGUACCUAAAAUUGGGCCACAUGGAACCGGUCACCGACCCAUCCAGGAUAUCGCCACGCUGCAGUUAUUUACCUCACCACGGCGUAUGGAAAGGAGAUGGCGACGAUGCGAAGAUUCGCGUCGUUUUCAAUGCAUCGUGUGUUUCCACGGGUAGGUCAUCGCUUAAUUCGGUUUUGUUGCCAGGUCCCAAACUGCAGAGUGAGUUAUGGAUGGUCCUCACACGCUGGAGACUUUUCCGAUGUGCUUUUUCUGCGGAUAUUGUUAAAAUGUUCCGUCAGAUACGAGUACACCCCGAAGAUCGUGAUUGGCAACGCAUUGUAUGGAGACCAUCACCCACCGAGGAAGUGCGGGACUUCCGUCUUACAACGGUCACGUACGGAACCACCCCCGCACCCUUUCUGGCUCUUCGGGUUCUCCAGCAGCUCGCCGAUGAUGAGGGCGAACGUUUCCCACGAGGAGCGGAAGCGUUGCGACAUCACUCAUACGUCGACGAUAUCCUGGCUGGAGCGGAUAACGUCCAAGAAGCAGAGGAAGUCCGACACCAGCUGGUGGAGCUUCUCACGGCGGGCGGUUUCCCCCUGGAUAAGUGGGCGGUCAAUUUCGACACUGCGAUGUUUGGCAAUCUCUCUACAGAGAAAUUGUUGCAGGUCAAUGACACUGUAGGGGCUUUAGGACUUCGAUGGGAUCCCAAGGCCGACUUACUCACGUUGCGAAGCUACCGACCAGUUGAGGAAACCUCUAAGACAUCGUGGACUAAGCGCGAGGUCGUCUCCGAAACGGCCCGUCUAUUCGAUCCCAUGGGAUGGUUCGCUCCAGUUUUGAUUCGGGCCAAGGUGCUGAUCCAGGAUCUCUGGCUUGCUGCUCUGGACUGGGACGAACCGUUAACGAAGACCAUCGACACGAACUGGGCUAACUUUCGACGUGAUCUGGAGCGUUUGGAGGUCUUGAAAAUCCCUCGCUGGACGGGCUCAGUAUCCGAGGAUGCCUUGGAGCUCCACGCGUUUUGUGAUGCUUCCGAACGAGCGUACGCAGCCGCUAUUUACCUGCGAGUUCCGCAUUCGCAUACGGCCGCUGACGUACAUCUUCUGGUCUGUAAGACGAAGGUCGCACCUACGAAACAGCAGAGUGUGCCUCGAUGCGGCUGUCGUUCUCGCGUGGCUCCAAGGACAUGCUUCGCGAUGGAAGCCUUUUGUGGCCCACCGAGUCGCGGAGAUCCAUGGUCUUCUCCCAGAGGUGCAGUGGAGGCAUGUGCGGACUUCUAA